UUGUCGGCUGAGAGUUUUGGAGAGACGCGGCGGGGCGGUCGGUUGGAUCCCGGGAGAAGAUGGCUUGAGCGGCAGAGAAAAGGACAACUUAACUCCACUUUAUCGAACUAAAAUGCAGCAAAACUCACCAUGCUCGGACGAGAAAUGCUAUUUUACACCAACUUCGACUUAAUGAGCUGCUGAGUUGGGGGUAAAAACCAUCGCAAGACAUCAUGGCAAACGUCAAAGUUGCCGUUCGGGUCCGUCCUUUCAGCGCAAGGGAGAGUGCAGAUGGAGGACGGUUAGCUGUUAAGGUGGAGGAUAAAUUUGUGAGGAUCCGAAAUAUGAAGUUGGAUGGACGUACAGAAGGAGCUGUAGAUUCCAGAGAGAAGCUUUUGGAGUUUUGCUUUGACUACUGCUACUGGUCGGUGGAUCCUGCAGAACCUCACUAUGCCUCGCAGGAGGAGGUGUUCCAGGACCUGGGUGUGUCGGUGCUGUCCGGAGCCUCUGAGGGCUACAACGUAUGUUUGUUUGCUUACGGCCAAACGGGAUCUGGAAAAACCUACACCAUGAUGGGGACACCGGAGUCCAUCGGCUUGACCCCUCGUAUUUGUCAGGGUCUCUUUCGCUCUGAAGACAAUUUCCCUGAUGGGCAGAACUCAAGCAGAGUGGAAAUCAGCUUCUUGGAGAUCUAUAAUGAGCGAGUGAGAGACCUGCUGAGGGGAGGAGAGCAGAAGAAGAGGGCAUCUCUGAGAGUGCGAGAACAUCCUGAGAAAGGACCAUAUGUACAAGACCUGUCUCAGCAUGUGGUCUCAGACUGCAAACAGGCCAUGGACCUUCUGGAGGAAGGCAUCGCCAACCGCAUCACCGCAGCAACACACAACCAUGACGCCAGCAGCAGAUCCCAUGCCAUCUUUACUAUUCAGUACACGCAGGCCAUCCUAGAAAACAACCUUCCUUCAGAAACCGUCAGCAAGAUUAACUUGGUGGACUUGGCUGGAAGUGAGAGAGCAGAUCCCCACUACUGCAGGGACAGACUGACGGAGGGCUCCAACAUCAACAAGUCACUGGUUACUUUGGGGAUUGUCAUUUCUGCUCUUGCCCAGAACUCCCAGAUGUCAAACAGCUGCCAGAGUAUCAACAGUGUGGCCUCUGAGGGCGAUGGCAGCACGGUGGGAAGCCACAGCAGCUCCCUGUCUGGAGGAGGAGGUGGAGGUGGGAGGAGGCACUGCUUCAUCCCCUACAGAGACUCUGUGCUAACCUGGCUUUUGAAAGACAGUCUUGGUGGCAACUCCAAGACUAUCAUGAUUGCAACGGUCUCACCCUCUGCUAACAGCUACAACGAGACCCUGAGCACCCUGCGCUAUGCGGCUCAUGCCAGAAAUAUUGUCAACAAGCCUCGGGUUAAUGAGGAUGCCAACGUUCGACUGAUCAGGGAACUGAGAGAGGAGAUUGACAGGCUGAAGAGCAUGCUGCUCAGCUUUGAAAUGCAGCGUAAUCCCAGUCCAUCCCUGAGUGAUGAGAGAGAUGGAAAUCUUUCUGAAAUUGUGCUGCAGAACGAACUAAAGGUAGAGCAGUUGACAAAGGACUGGUCUGAAAGCUGGAGAGACAAGAAGGAGCUGCUGGAGCAGUACAGUGUGGACAUCAACAGAGAUCGGGCCGGGUUCCUCAUCAGCUCGCUCCAACCGCAUCUGGUCGCCCUUGAUGGAGAUGUUCUCAGCACUGGAGUCGUCUUUUACCACCUCAGGGAAGGAGUCACCUGCAUCGGACCUCAGAGCCAAUUUAAAGAACCACAAAUAGUUCUUCAGGGCAGCGCCAGCUGUGAGAUUGAAAACCACAGGGGUGUGGUAACGCUCAGACCGCUGCCUGACUGCGUCUGCUUACUCAAUGACAGAGAGGUCACCGAGCCCUGCAGACUGGCUCAAGGGACAGUGAUUACCUUGGGAGGAGUGCAUAAGUUCCGCUUCAACCACCCGGCAGAGGCAGCUGUCCUUCGGGAGCGCAGACGGGCCAGUGAAAGUGGCAUGACCUGCACCUACACUGAACUUUGCCCCUUGACUCAAGAUGACAGUGUCGAAGAAGUGAAGCUCCCACAGCAGCAGGGUGCCCGUCUCACUCCCAGCGAGGAGCCUUCUGCCAGGCAGCGUGUGGAGGAGCAGAAGCGCUUCGUGGAGAGUUUGCGACAGGAGAUUCAGGCUGAACAGAGAAGGGUAGAAAGAGAGCUGGAAAGAGAGCAGGCCCACCUCCGACAGCAGCACGCUGAGAUCCAGCAGUGGAUAUUGCAGCAGAAACAUCACCUGACAACUGUAGAUCAGAGAAUCACCCAAGAGUCUGGAGUUCAAGCAGAGCUCCUCCCUGCACCCCUCCUGGAGAGGCUAACAAGUCAGGUGUCCAGGGAUCUGGAAGCUCCUACAGUGGAUUGUCCAUCCCGGGUGGUGAGGGCCAGGAAGAAAUCAGUGCAGGAUGAGUUGCUGAAGCAUCACGCGCUUUGCCGUGCCGAGAGCCGCAUCCGUCGGAAAAGGCUGCAUUACCAGCUGGAGAGAAUCGCCAGCAAGCGGCGUCUAUUGGAAGCAAAGAGGGAGUUACAGCAGCUGGAAAAGGCCUUGCCUGCAGGAGCAGACAGUCCAGAGUCUCCUGAGCUGGGAUCGCCAUCAAAGCUCGGAGGACGACCGCUUGUUUCUCGUAGACAUUCAUUUUCAGCAGACCUUUUGUCUCGGCUCUACCCACAGCACACACCUAUAUACAGACACUUCCUUAAGAGAAACAGAUCCACCGAACUGACUUCAAGUUCAUCAGCAACGUCUGAUUCCAUUGGCAGCAGGAAGUGGGUUUCGGAUGAGUGUCUUCCUCGGGAAAGGACCCAAAGUUGUUCUGGCUCCAUCUCAUCAGGACGAAGCCAGUCCUGUCAGAAGCGAGUAGUCUCCUCUGAAAACAUCAGGCAAAUCGCCAAAGAGGAACCACAAGCUCAGCCUUGUCGAGAACGACCAGAAAGAAAACCUCUGCUGCCAAACCGAGACCUGUCCUUUAAGAACAGACCGGACCAGAACUCAACGGUUACACUGAAGUCACCACUUGGAACUGCUUUGCUGCCAGUCAGCAAAGAAAAUAUACGAGGAUCCACAACUGACAAACCAAGUUGUGAGAGUGCUCCUUUUACGAAUGGGAAAACCUCUUACCGUGCAGACAAAAGCAAACUAGAAAAUAUCAGCAAAUCUUUAUCUUGUUCUGUGGGACCCAGGAUAAAAACAGCUCUGUCCAAAGUGUUCAGAAAACCACCUACAGGUGUAAAUGGGGGACGAGUCCCAAAACCGCUAUGCAGGAUAGCAAGUAAAUUUUACUGGAGACAAAGAAGAGACAAGAGCCUUAAAGAUGCCAAAAUGAGUCAAAGCAAAUAUGCCAUUAAAACUGCUGUAUCAUGUGAGGAGCUAGACCAAAGGACUUUGUCUGAGAACAUCAGACAGAGGAGGUGGCAUAGCACUGAGGCUCUGAUGAACCGGACCAGCCAAUGGAUAGACAGGCAGCAGGAGUUGUCUGGAUGGACGGAAGAGCAGGAAGACAGAGAAGAAGGAGCAUCGGACUGCGAGAGCCUUUUCUCUCUUGAUUCUCUAUCGUCUGCUUAUGCGGCAGCUCUCGCAGAACAGCUGAGACAUGAGGAUACAGGUCAGAGUGAAGCAGAAAGCGAAGACAGUCAAAUGUCUAAAGAUUCAUUGACUAUGGAAAGCAGUGGCAAAUUCUCUACAGUGAAGAGACUGAAACAAACACCAUCUUACUCAUUGGUGAAAGAUUCUGCUCAUUCAUUCAUGCAGCACAAUAGGACAACAGAGACCAGUUCAGACUGGGACCGCUGCCAGAAACCUCUGGCAAUCCCAACAGAGGCAUAUUGGAGCCAGCAAGGUUCCCCAAAGACAAGAGAAAUCGAUACAACCAGGAAUCCUUUUUCUCAGAGCUCAUUAAUUGCAGAAUCCAGAGGCAGAGACACUGUUCAUAAAUUGACUGAGGAGUUUGGGAACAUGCAGACCACUUCGACCAGCAGCCCACGCUCUCUGAGCAGCUGCAGUGUGAUGGAGUCAGAGAACCUGCUGGUGCUCACCGAUGCCUGGUCCUCCACUGAUGCAGCAGACAGUCCCAGGAUUCACAGGGAUUCUCUACCUUUCCAAAGAGAAAUGGUGUUCAGACAUGCAGAGAGCAGCAGCAGUCCCAGUCCGACAAGUAUGAAUCUCUCAGAAUCCCAAGGUGGAUCUAGAAGCUCUAGUUCUACAUCCACCAGCACUGAGGGUGUAAAUGUACCAGUGCUGGAACACAGACUGGAGGGUUCAAAGGACUGUCUGGGUACACCAGAAGAUACCCUGAUGUCAGGUAUUCAGAAAGAUGUGGGAUAUUAUGUAGAGCAUUUAAGACAAUCCAAAGAAGUGAGAAAAACUGUUGCAGAUACUCCAGGCCUCAGCUACAAUGAGCAUCCAGCUUCCUUGCUUGUCUCAGAUCCCAAUGUUCAUGAGCCAGCUGCGACCCCCCAAACCAUACAAACAACUUCAAAUUUGCUUCAGGUGUUUACAGAUACACCAAACAAGGUGGCUGCUGACAUUACAAUGUCCUCUGGCACUGAAUUGUUCACCUCAGCUCAUCAGACAAUAUUGCGUUUCUCUACAAAUCCUACAAACCAGGUUCAAGUAGUGGAAGAGAUGCCUGGUGCUGCAACGACCUUCAAAUCUUCCACUGAAACGGAAGUUCUAUGCAAUCUAGAUGAUGCAGCGGCAACACUGAGAGGCACACAGCAGUGUUAUUUUAGGAAUACCGAAGAUGCGUCAUUUACAGGGGAUGAAGCCAAAGGCGCUGACCAGUCCGUUGCACCACAGCAGGAAGCUGUUAAAUCGACUUGUAAAAAUUCCAGGAAGAGGAACAAAGACCAACAGGAUGCUUUUAUGGGCAACCUGAAAAUUCUAAAAAGGAGCAACAGCGGGGAGUUGGUAACUUUCUGCUGUAUGACAGAGGAAAGUCAGGAAGAUAUUAGGCCUGAUGACAAUAAUAACACCAGUGACUCCAAAGGGGAACAAUCUACCGUAGGAACUGACAGCACUCAAUUUGAUUCUGGCUGUUUUGGUGACAGCAUAAGAGAAGAUACAGUGACUUCAUUUGCAUCUGAUCUCACUAGCAAAAAACCUGAGACUGGCUGUCAAAUCUUUGAGCACUCCGAGUCUGGCUUUAAACGUGGUGACAGGAAUUCACAAAGUGGUACGUCUGUAGGACAUAAUCCAGUUGUUGAAAAUGAAAGUGUAACAAUAAAGGCUGUAUCUGCAGAAACUAUAGGGGGAGAAUACCAGAUUGCUCACCGUAAAACACAUCAAGAAAGCACGAAACAUGUAUGCAAGUCUGAUGCUAUUUGUAGCGCUAUUGAUCUGAGAAUCUCAGAAGUGGUGAAAGAGCAUGUGAAACUGUCACUGAUUGGCAGUGAUGAUGCCAGGAAGAACAAGAGUCAAAGUCUGAAUGCCUUGUCGUCAUCUGCAUGCUAUCUCAGCUGUAACGAUGAUGAGCAUAGAUGGACGGUAAAAUGCUCGACAGAUGAAAGUGGUAAUCAAGCGAAAGAGGGAACAAACCUCUCAGUGGAAAGGGUGAUAUGUAGAAAUACAGUGGACGAGAGUGAGCACCUGGCUUCAAAUAUGGCAGCUGAAUUGAAGACUGGCAACAAAAAUGGCAGGCUUAAAUAUUCUGAAGUAACACAAAAGAUUGUCGACGCUCAAAACUUUUCUGAUGAAACCUCGAACAGGCCAGUGUUCAGUCCUUGUGCUGAAAAAGCAAACAUCCAAUCCAUUCUGAGCCUGAACAGCCAAGGAGGGUGUGAGCAAUCUGGAAGCCCUACAAUUAAUUUGUCCUUGGUGAGUGAUGCUUCUUCAGCAGGAAAAUAUAUUGAUUAUCAAAGAAUCACUGAGGAGACAAAUGCUUUCGCUCAAGAAGUGACUGAUGAAGGUAAACAGAGAGUAGCAUCUCAUCUCAAUCUGGCAAUCGAUGAUACUUGCUCCAAAAAAGUGGACAGCCAGACCUGUUCAGACACCGCUGUUUUGAACACUGACCUCAUUCUUGACCGCAGAGCUGAGCGCCCGAACCCACAACUUCACCAAAUACACCAUGAAACACUUUGCACCACUGGUCACACAAAAUUAAAAUGUGACUGUACUGUAGAGAAUGUCAGUAUGGAAGCUGCAUCCAGUGUUGAAAGUAAAGAUUAUUAUUCAUCCAAACAGAACUCGCCAAAGUUGAUUGAACAACAUUUCCAGAACAGUCCAGAAACAGCCGGAGCCAUUAAGUUAUUAGCUGAUGGAGGAUUACAUCAAUUCAAACCAGACAAAUGCCACAGCGACAAGAACGUGGUUUUCUCUUGUCACAAUGAAGAUGUGGAAACAGACACGACAACAGGAGGCGAUCCUUCCAGCACAGCACAAGAUCCGUUCAGCUGUCGACAAACUCAUUUAGAUAACUUGGCUCAGAUUUGUGUGGUCAACUUGAAUUACAGUAACAAAUGCCAAAGUUUAUCAGAUUCACAGUGCAAAUUUGAUAAAGAUGCUCAAGUCGACUGCAAAGGAGAUGGAGUAAUGAAAAGUGACAAAGAGGCUUGGACACGUCAGAUUAUGCAGCAGCACCAAGCAAUUUCAGUACAGUCAAAGUCUAAAAAUAUCUUGCCUUCUGCUCAAGAACACAAAAUGCCACAGGAAAAUGGCAUCAGAAAUCCAAGUAGCACUGGAUCUGUCCUGUCCAAAGAGACCAGGUUAAACACAGCUGCUGGGGCGCUGGGUAAUUCUGCUGUUAUGUCUAAAAAAGCCAAGACUAAGAGAGUCAGAAAAUCUAACAUGAAGACUUAUCCCACUUCUUCCUCUGACUCCUCUCUCAAGUCAUCAGAUGAGGAUGAGGAGGAUAACAGAGCUGUUAAAAUGCAUCACAACCGUCUGACAUCUAAAUGGGUUAAGCUGGGCACCCAGAACAAUGCUAAACAAGAAGUCAGACAUGCAAGAAGCAGUGAUGCGGAUAAUUCUACUUUAGUGUCAGUGAGCAAAUCUAAAUUGAAGCCUUCUUCUAAUGUGAGUUCUGUUAAAAGUGAGGUCAAAUGUAGCAAAGAUUACACCCAAAAACGGCGCUCUUUACCUCCUCAAGCAGUGUCACAAAAAAACGAUUCAGAGACAGUCAGCCCAUAUGCAAAGAGAAGUGAACCACAACAUGCACAAAAGUCUCAGGACUCCUCUAUUCGUUUUGCUUCCAGUGACAUAAACCCUUUUGUUCACCAGUGGCAAGACGACGACUCAAACCAACACUGCUAUAAGAACCCUGCGUUCGGAAGCGCCGCUGACCUCUCCUGUAAAUCUCCGCUUUUAAACAGCUCAGAAAAACGCAUAACAAGGUGCAGCAGUGUCGAUAAUGGUCUGAAUGGGAAGAACUCCCCUUUCAAUUCCCAUCUCAGCACAUACGCCACCAACAAGGGGCUCUCCAGUACGCUUAGCAGUAUCGAAGAUCAUAAAGAACAUGCGACCCGAACGUCUGAGCUUCGUCACCAGGCAUCUGUGGAUAUUCACAGUCGUCUUGCCAAUUUGACAUUCAACAGCAGUUCUUCAAGCAACAGUGUGCCGGGUGGUUUUGGUAACAACUCCAGUCAGGUGGAUGAAAUCAUGUUUGUUUACUCUUCAGAGCAAGAGUCCCAGGCGAGCAAUAUGCAGCCACAAAAGAGGAAAACAUGUGAGCACAGUACUCAGACUGAGCUCCAGACAGUCAAUAAUGCCAACAGCAGUGGCUCUCUGAAGAGGAAAGACCGUCACAAAAGGAGCUACACAGAUGUACCUGCAUCACAGAAAGCCAAAGUGGAUAUUAAAGAAUCUCCAACGUGGGCCAGUAUGGAAAGCAUGUCGGCUCAGCUCUCCAAGCUGAUCGAUAGCACUUCAGAUCUGCUGGAGGAUGUUCAGGGAAUGAGAACAGGUGAAGCUCGCAAGUCCAGUUCAAGAAAGAACUUGUCUUACAGUGAGUGUAAAGACUGCAUCAAGAGAGACUUUUCAACUCAAACAGCCGCAGAUGUUGCGAUCCAGACUGAAAAGCUUUUAACAGAGAAGGAAGUUGUUCUUCAAACACCCAGAGAAACUUCAAGAUCUCAUGAAGUCAAUGUGAUAGUGAAAGUGAUUGGCUCUGAGGUUGUCAGUGUCUCUCAAGACAAAAAUAUGCACUGUGCGGUGAAAACUAAAGCAAAGACAGAUGAAAAGAUGAAAAGCACACCUGACCUGAGGUUUAACACUUCUGCUGCCUCACAGUCAGAGAAUGACCCUCUCAAAACACCUCAUAUGAAGACUGCAGCUGACUGUCAAAGACGUGUAAGGUCUGCUUCUUCUCGAGUCUCAAAACGGAGCACAUCUGAGGAACUGGGCCACAGGAGUAUAUCUGAAAUAACCCACAGGUCAUCGAAAAACUGUUGCCAAGAAAAUCACAGUCCUAAAACAAACCAUGCAUCUGCUUUUAUAAAGAAACAGGCUACCUACACAGACCGUGCAUCAUCUCCUAUUCUUACUGUUGGAACAAGGCUGCGAAUGAAGCAUAAAGGAAAACAAUCAGCUCCUCUGUGUCCUCCAAAAUAUAAGGAUCGAAAAAAAAACAGUCCUUCUGAGGAAGACAGCCUUACCAUUCCUUCUAUUUCAGAUGACAAUCAACUGGCAACACAGGAUCAUGUUUCCUCCAGUAAAUCAGUGUCAGUAUCGCUUGAGAACGUGAGCGAAAUGAGUUGCUCAGGCCCCAAAGGAUCAGAUCAGGACCCUUCAAGCCUUACUUCAUCACUGGAUAGAUAUACAGACACUGACAGAAGAAAUGUAAACUAUAAAAACAACCAGCCCACUUCCAAAUGGCAGACGACCUCCCCACCAUGGAGGACUUCUGCUUCGACAAAUGGUUUCAUUUUGCAGAACCACUCAUCUCCCAUCUUAAGACUGCAAGCAUCAAACUUCCCAACACCUGCACUCAAUUCUGGUGAUUUUUGCGUCGAUUCUUACAAUGCAUCCCCGCUCGGUGACAAAACCGACCAGCUUCAAGAGGAUGACAUGGUUUCACUGGCACCCAGUGAGUGCAACACAGAUGUCCUCGUGAACAUUGAACCUGUCACCAGUGUGUUUCCUUGUGAAGACCCUCAGAGAGUCCCAGAGGACCUGCCCAUGCACAACAAGUUCAACAACUGGUCUGGCGUCAACCGUGAACAAUCAAAAUGCUCAAACAAAAUAACCACAUUUCUUACCAACGACCACAUGAGGAGCAGAAACUGUGCAGAAUGGGGUGAGAUGGAGAGUUUCGGUUCUAAUGUGGAGUCUGUGGCGCCGAGUGACAGAAGGGCAAGAGAGAUAGUGAAGCUGCGACAGGAGAGAGAGCAGGUGAUGGCGACAGUCAGCCUCAACAUGAACCCGACUCCUUUGACUGUGGAGCUGACGGAGGCCAAACUACAUUAUGGUCUGGGAGAGACAGAUGCGCUGUUAAAGGUGCUGUCCCCGAGGUCCAAAGAAGGGCUGGAACCACCGACCUCUGCUCCAACGAAACAGCAGCUGUAUGAUCGGCAUCGCAGGAGCAUUGAAGGCUUGAGGCAGGAGAGGGAGGAACGCCUCCAGACUUAUCGGAGAGCUCGAAGUCUGAGUCCUAGCAAACAUCCUUGCAGCGCCCCUCAAGAGGAUGUUUCCUCCUCCAAGGUGCCUGCUGCAAUGCCAAGUCGGCGCAAAGAGUACCUUCAACGACUCCGCCAAGAGGUGAUAGACAGCACCAGAGUACCAGAUCCUCCAAGGGGAGAAGGACAGUGUCCGUCUGACAUUGAGCAGCUGCUGCGCGACUACAGCCGAGCCCGGGAAGAAGCCAGGACGGAGAUUGCAAAAGCCCGAGAGCGACUUCGGGAGAGAACAGAGCUGGAGAAGAGACGGCUUCAGCAGCAGGCCCUGUCUCAGGAAUUCAAGGAUGACCUGAGGCAUCGGACGAGGACCAGCAACAGCACUUUGUGUACAGGAUCUAGUCUGAGUCUGUCCUCUGGACCAACAUCAGGGUACAACAGUGGCAACACCACCCAGCUGCAACAUGGCAACAGACCGGUUCUAACUGGACAGAUCACAGGGUUGCAAGAUGAAGGGCUGAAGGUCAGGACUCGCCCUCCUAUAUGUGGUCCUCAGAGUGUGAAGACGCAGAGAGCCUGGCUGUCAGCCCAGGAUGUCCGCCUUGACCUGCCUGUCAGUGGGUUUGAGCCGCUCAUGACUUCAUCUCCAUCACCGCCAACUUGUGCACGUCAGCGCACCGCCUCCUUCAGCUCCUCCUCUUCCAUCUCCACAACCUAUCAGGACAUCACAUCCAGUCUUCUCGGUCGAGCUCUAGCUGAGGUGCGAUUAGCUUCUUCUUCUGGGGAUUUGGGCAACCUGGUGAUGGGAAAAGCCGCAGCAGGCUGGAGGUACCAAGGAGAAGAUCGAGGAAUUCAGGCGUACUACAAGCCCUCCUCCAGCCCGUCUGUCCAUGGUUUCCUGGGGGUUGGGGAGCUGAACAGACCCCUGGACAGUCUGUGGAAUACGAUCUGUCAGCUGUCCAAGAGCCACAUGUAUAAUCAGUCUGUCCGUUCUGUGUGGACACGACCACUAGAUGACAGCACUCAGCUGGUUUACAUUCUAACAGAUCUGUCCACCUGUCACCUCAGCCAGCCGCGGGACUUCUGCUGCAUCAGCACCGAGUCCAAACAGGGUGGCCUGUACGUGCUGGCAAUGCAGUCUGUGUUCGAGGAGUCUCUGCCUCGUCCCAGCGUGGACGCCAUUCGGGGGGAGAUGAUGCCCAGUUGUUGGGUCCUGCAGCCGCUGAGACGAAACGGGCAGGAAACCACCAGAGUCAUCUACCUGCUUCAGCUGGACCUCGGGACUCCAUCGUUUCCUCACCGACUCUUGAACACUGUCGCCAGAAGACAGGCAGCUGUCAUCGCUGAUCUGGACGUUUUCAUCUCCUCAUAAAUCCACCGGAUGCAUGAAAACACAUUAGUGAGCACUUAAACUGUCUCCAACACGGAGCUAGUCUGUCUUUUCAAUUUGCACCUGAAACUUAUUUACUUGACUUUUUUUUAUUUUAAGGGCACUGUUUUGUUUAUAUCCAGACACAGAGUUGAAGCAGCUUUUUUUCUAUGAUGUUUUUUUUUUUUAUAAAAUAUUGAUAUUUUUAUAUUUGUCCGUGUACAGAAAUGCUUUUAACAAUCUAUUUUUUACCAAAGAUUCAUUAGAGGUUCAAGUGAAGGAUUUGGCAUAUAGAAGUGAAGGAGUUUGCAUAUAGAAUUCAGGUUUAGGAAGCAAAACUGCAACGUUUUCCCACUUAAUCCUUUAAUUCAGUUAAUAAAGUAGCUUAUUAAUUCUGUUAUUGGUGAAAAACCAUAUGGUUGAUUCCCACUUUAUUAGCAGAUACUGUAAUUUAAAAUUACACUGAUUUGAUACGUAUUUACAACACCAGAGUGUUUUAAUCAUUGUUCACUCUAUCUGUCUAAUAUACAUAGUUCCAGCCGGUUCUUUUCAUGUUUUAAAUUCACCAUGUUUAAGUGCCUCAAAUGCAAAUGUAACAUAGGACACUUUUAACUGUACCCAAAAUGAACCGGGUGAAUAUUCACAAACUGGUCUUAAGUCCUUUACUGCUGCAUUUGUGCCCUGAGAAUAUUUCCCCAGGCGCUGCACAUUUCACCGCUCAAUGACCUUAAUUCAGCAGAAAAUGAAUAUCAAACGUCCUUGGGAAAAGAAAAUGCAUUUAAGCUGUGUAUUAGAUUGUAGCUCCAUGUGGUUAAAAUGCAAACCCCACCUGAUGAAAUGGUGCUAAGGAAAUUAUUUAGUCUCUUUAGCCGUGAACUGUGUUGUUUGUCUUUCUGUAUGAGCACUGCAAAUGUUAACCAGCACUCUUUGCUGGAAAAAAAAAAGAAAGUUUUGUAGCAAAAUAAAGAAGUGGUAAGUUGGGAAAUCUGCAGUUUUUUGGAUGUAGCAAGUCAAUGUGCAAGUAUCCAGAUCAGCUUUGAACCAAAAGUGGCCAAUCCGUGCCCUCGUGUCAGACAUUCAGCCGUCUGAAGUGGCCUUGAAAUUCUGAAAAUAAAAAGUAGCUCCAGGGCUGAUACUUCAUGUUCCCCCGAAUCUGCAUAAGCUGAGUUUUAAGGGCUUUUGUUCUCACACGUUUCUGAAGUUUUGUAUUUAUUUCACUCCCCUUUGCCUUCUGUUUGAAAUGCUGUUGAGUUUUACAGUUUUUUUUAUUUUUUUUAUGGGCCAAGCUGUUUACAGCCGCUUGCACAGAACUUUUUUCUAUGCGUUUAUUAAUAUUGCAUAUAAAAAGUGAUUGUUGUUUUGGUUUGUACAGUGUUGAAACUAUGCAGAGGCUGAUCAAAGGCAGGACUGCUCUCAGUCAGAGCGGGGUCACCACUAACCAGAUAUGAAGCCAUAUUAUUCACAGUAGAUGAAGGUUCAGGAUGCUAUGUUUGACUAAACGAAGGAACCAAAGAAAGACAAGUGAAGGAACACAGGGGCAACUUUUUGUACUGACCUUUUUUUAAGUUAAUCUUUAUAUUUUUUACAUUUUUUGUUUCUUUGUGUAAAAACUUUAUUUAUGUUUUGGCAAUGUGUUGUACAUGUGUUUUUAUUAUAAGUACAAUGCUUCUGGUUGCUAAUAAGCUGGUUUUUGGUCAUCUUUGACCAUUUUUAAAAAAACCCCGAAAACAAUAAAUAUGUUUAAGUGAAA